CAUAUUUAUUAUUUGUCAGUAUUACCAACCCCAGCCAUUCGCAAACCAUGGGGCAGGCCACCCAAAAUCACGAGACUGUGAAAGGAAGGCAGGUAGGAAGGUUGGGUUCUUCUAAUUUCCUUUCUCAUUGUUGAGGCUUUAGGGUGCACUUGGGUCAGAUUUUUAAGCUUUUCUUUCCAACUGUGAGCAUUAGUAACAUUUUUCCCCCCCAAAAGAAAACUGACUCUCACAUCACCUCAUGCCUCCAGGAGCUUUAAGAAAAAUACCAAAUAUUUCAAGGCUUGCAAGAGUUGGCAACACUGCUUCUGGCUAUUGGGCUAUUAGGCAAUUGUCUGCUGCAGCCCACCAAAGACUGGCCUAGCCCACGCUGUAACAUGCUAAGGUUUAACAAUACCAGGCUGGGUAGGAAAGUAAGUGCCACUGAGACGGUUCCCAAUGGGCACAGACAGUGUGGAAAGGAUUCUGUCUGCUUUUCUUUAUCCCCAUGCUGUGUUGGGCUGCUUUUGGAACCAUCCUUGACACCCCCAUCCUCAUCCAAAUUGUACAUGAAUGUGUGUCAUGGGGAGUGAUUUACUCUGUGGCUAUUGACAGAGACUGAACACCAGGCUGCAUUCCCAAUAGUAAAAAGGGUUAAUGGAGAAACAAAUCAUCUGGAGGAAAUUACCUUAGACAUCAAAAGAGUGCAGGGAAAACACACACACACUCUGAGAAUUACAGUGGGGAGGAGUUAGAUACGUAGUUCCCACUACAUUAAUUUGCCUACGCUAACCUUUCUCUGAAAUGCGUGGGUCUGGCAGAUAAAGAGAGGUAUAAAGGCUGAAGGAUGAGCAGCCAGCAGUGAAGGAGGACAGAGCUUCCUGCAGCCAACUGAAGAUUCACAGCCCAGAUUGGAGGGGGUGACUUUGGAAGGAGCCAUCAUGGAACCAGGGGAGUACAGAGAGAGAGGGAAAGAAAUGGUGGAUUACAUUUGCCAGUAUCUGAGCAACGUGAGAGAGAGACGGGUGACUCCAGAUGUGCAGCCUGGUUACAUGAGAGCCCAGCUGCCAGACAGUGCCCCUGUAGAGCCAGACAGCUGGGACAACAUCUUCAGAGACAUUGAGAAGAUUAUCAUGCCUGGGGUUGUCCAUUGGCAGAGUCCACAUAUGCACGCCUACUUUCCAGCUCUUACCUCCUGGCCUUCCCUGCUGGGGGACAUGCUGGCUGAUGCUAUUAACUGUUUGGGAUUCACAUGGGCCUCCAGUCCAGCCUGUACAGAACUGGAAAUGAAUGUAAUGGAUUGGCUGGCGAAAAUGCUGGGCCUUCCAGAUAUGUUCUUGCACCAUCACCCAGACAGCCAGGGAGGAGGAGUAUUACAGAGCACUGUUAGUGAAUCAACCUUGAUUGCUCUGCUAGCAGCGAGAAAAAACAAAAUUCUGGAAAUGAAGGUUUCGGAGCCAGAUACUGAUGAGUCCACACUGAACUCUCGUCUUGUUGCUUAUGCAUCUGAUCAGGCUCAUUCCUCAGUAGAAAAGGCUGGCUUGAUUGCUCUUGUGAAGAUGAAAUUUCUGCCUGUGGAUGAGAACUUUGCCCUCCGAGGCGAAGCCCUGAAGAAAGCCAUCGAAGAAGACAGAAACCAAGGCCUAGUGCCUGUCUUUGUUUGUGCGACGUUGGGUACAACUGGUGUCUGUGCUUUUGACAGUCUAUCAGAGCUGGGUCCAAUUUGUGCCGCUGAGGGUCUCUGGCUUCAUAUUGAUGCUGCCUAUGCAGGAACUGCAUUUCUCUGCCCUGAAUUUCGAUUAUUUUUGAACGGCAUUGAAUAUGCAGAUUCUUUUGCUUUCAAUCCUUCUAAAUGGAUGAUGGUUCACUUUGACUGCACUGCAUUCUGGGUCAAAGACAAAUACAAGUUACAGCAAACCUUCAGUGUUAAUCCCGUCUACCUCAGACAUGCCAAUUCAGGGGCUGCUACUGACUUCAUGCACUGGCAAAUUCCACUAAGUCGUCGGUUUCGCUCUUUGAAGCUGUGGUUUGUGAUUCGUUCCUUUGGGGUGAAAAAGCUUCAAGCCCACGUCAGACAUGGCACUGAGAUGGCCAAAUACUUUGAAUCUUUGGUCAGAAGUGAUCCCCUCUUUGAAAUUCCUGCCAAGAGACACCUUGGAUUGGUUGUAUUUCGUUUAAAGGGUCCUAACUGGUUGACAGAAAAGGUCUUGAAAGAACUGAGUAAAUCUGGCAGCCUCUUCCUCAUUCCAGCUACCAUUCAUGACAAGUUCAUCAUCCGCUUUACUGUAACGUCUCAGUUCACAACCAGAGAGGACAUUCUGCGAGACUGGCACAUCAUCCAACAAACUUCAGCCCAAAUCAUUAACCAGCAUUACAUGCUGCAUCCCAGCAACUCUGCUGAUGGGGCCAAAAUCCCCAACAUAAUAAGUAACCCCAGUCCUAUUGCUGAUAACGGUAUUUCUCCGUUUCAGACGGAGGUAGGCGAACACAACGCGCCUUUCAGAAAGAUAAUAGUGCAGCCUAAAAAGGUAGCAGUCAGUCCCACUACAUGUGUGGUCAAUCAACACCUGGAAGCCCAAGUGGAUCCUCUGGAUGACUGCUUUCCAGAAGAUGUCCCAGAUGUCACCAAACAUAAGUUAUCCUCUUUCCUAUUCAGCUACUUAUCUGUACAAGGCAAGAAAAAGACAGCCCGCUCCCUCAGCUGCAACAGUGUGCCAACCAUUGGCCACCCGAAGGCAGCAGCCUCUGAAAAAAAUGGUUCUCACCCUAGUGAUAAAAUCCUUUCCAAGCUGCCCAAAGAGGUCAUGAUGCUCAAAAAAAGUGCCUUCAGAAAACUGAUCAAGUUCUACAGCGUCCCUAGCUUUCCCGAAUGCAGCAUUCAGUGUGGCAUUCAGAUGCCUUGCUGUCCUCUGCAAGCAAUUGUUUAAUAGGUGAAACCGAUUGGCCUCCCCAGGCGGAAGAGAACCAAAGUUUGCUUAUUCAUAUGCAAUAUUACCUGCUACCAUGUUUGAUAGAGAAACAAUGUGAAUGAUCAUUAAGAAAAGUCCUGUGCUUAUACCGAAGCAAAACACAGUGUGUAUUUAUUGAUUAAAAUGACAAAUAAACCUCUUAAACCUG